AUGAGCUCUGCUCUGCUCCGGGGUGCCACUAUCUCUGACCCAGCUGGCUGGAUCGUCUGCAUUCAGCCACAGCCGGAACAUGGAAGACCCCAGCCUUCGCUGGUUGGAUCUAGCUGGGGUAGACAAUUUGCCCCAAUUGUCCCGGGCGUUGAUAUCCAGGAGGAAGACCGUGAUCCGACGUCAAUGGAGCUACAUGAUUUGACAGAUGUCAUGGAGCCCCCAAGACUGAAUCAGUUGAGCAUGGAGAUCAGAAAGUUUCAGCUCGUAAUGCAAGACAUCACCACUUCCACUCGUUGUCGGAAGAAAGCGUCUAACCCUACUGCCGACCACUCUAUGCUCGCACGGGGCGACGAUCUCGGGCUAGUAGCACGUACCAGCAACCCGGACGACAGUGUGCCAGACUCCCCUGCCUGCCACAUGCUAACGGACGCAACUAGUGACAGACUAAUGCAUGGAAGGGAGAGAAAAUUCUUCUCUCGGGAUUCCAUGAUCCCUUUCUUUUCCCCCUGCAGCUGCUCAGGGAUAAAGCCAGACGUGUGA